CACUUUUACGGCGAAUUCGCUGCGAUAGUAUUUUUCGCCCGUGUGUUCACACUGCGGAUUGCAGCGAAUUCGCUCAUUUGAAAAAAAUAAAACAUGGCUGGAAGAGGUGGUUAUGAACACGCUAGAGGCGGAUACGGUGGAGACCGGGCACUGAAGCAGUUGCCCACAGAACCGCCCUUUAUCGCAUUCGUCGGCAAUCUGCCGCAAGGCCUAGUGCAGGGCGACGUGAUCAAAAUAUUCCAGGACUUUGAGGUGAAGAACGUGCGGCUGGUGAAGGAUCGCGAAACGGAUCAGUUCAAAGGCUUCUGCUACGUGGAGUUCGAGACGCUGGACAAUCUGGAGCGGGCGCUAGAAUGCGAUGGUCGGAUCAAACUGGACGAUCUGUCGGCGCCACUGCGCAUCGAUAUUGCCGAUCGCCGGAAAAAUGAUCGCCCUGGUGGCGGUGCUGGCGGCGGCGGCAACGGAGGCAUGACCCGCGGCGACGGCAGAGACGGUUUCCAGAAGCGCGGCCCACCCCGUCAGGGCGGCAGCAGUCAGUCCUACAGCCGGGGAGGUCCUGGCACUGGCGGCGGUCGCGAAGGCGGCGGCGGAUCGGGUAAUCGCGGCGAUAGUAGAGGUUCGUACAAUGAUAGUUAUGGUGGUCACAGUGAUAGAAGUCGCGGCGGCGGCGGCAGCGGCGCGGGCUCCGGCGGUGGCAUGAAUAGAGGAUACAAUGAUCGACCGGCAAAUCGGGGUCGGUACGGCAACUUCAACAACGAUGAUCGAUUCGAUCGCAACCAGGAUCGCGAUCGCGGACAACGGGAAGGCAGCUAUGGCAAUCAGUCGCGCGACGGCGAUCGCUACAACAACUUCAGCCGGCACCGUGACCGCGAGCGCACCCACUACAAUCCCAACCAGCAGAGCGAACGUCCCAGCGGCGGAAUGGGCGGCCUGGGUGGCGGUUCCGGCGGAUCAGGCGGCUUGGGCGUCGGCGGCGGCGGUGGUUCCUCGAUGGGCGCCAUUGACGACAAUGAGCGGCCACGCCUGCAGCUGAAGCCACGGACCAUUGCCGCUCCCAUAAACGCGGUGGCCGAGACCAAGCAAUCGGCCUCGAUCUUUGGCAACGCCAAGCCGCGCGAGGAGAAGCUGAAGGAGCUGCAGCAGAAUGUCAAUCACAACGGCGAUAACUAGAAAGCGCAGGAGUCGGUCCGCAAUAUAAUAUGCCUGAUAUGAUAUUUUGGAGUGCGAGUCGAAGUCGAGGUCGAAGUCGAGAUGGAUGGAGAGUGUGAGGAGGGAGGAACAGAAGGAGCAUCAGCAGCAUGCAUAUAUAAACACAUACAUUAAUUAAUAACACUACGCUACAUAGCUAUUAUAUACGAAAGAUUUGUACUACAUUACAAGAACGAAGAUGAAACAACAGGCUGGCCUCUGUCUCUCUGUGUCAGUGUCCAGUGUCAGUCAGCAAGCAACUUAACAGCAGCAGCAGCAGCAACAUCAGCAGGAGCAACAUCAACAGAAAACAGUAAACAACAAACAGCAAUAGAAACCAAGCAACCUUUCUAACUCUUUGCAACAAGAACAUCCGCAACAACAAUGGAAAGUUUAUACAUGUUAGUCCUUAAGCAGCGAUAAACUUUAGUCUCGUGCAUAUGGCCUAUAUAUAUAGUAUAUAUACGCUUAUGUGCGGUUCGUGUACAGCAGCUGUAUGCACGCUGCUAUUUGUUAGUUAAGUAAUGCAUAUAAACCAACAAAACAAAACAAACGUUCUACCGUUAAGGCAUAAAUAGAAACGAAAAACAAGCAAAACAAAACAAAAAAAAUGAAAAUAAUUCAAAAAAAAGAAAAAAACCCGAAAAACAAAGCAAAAAUCGAAAAUAAAACUUUUUUGACAAAACGUUCAGCGUAGCAGGCAGGCAAUUUAUACAGUUUAUAUAGCAAAAAAAAAAAAAAAGAAAAAAAAACAAAUAACGACAAUUAUUGAACAUUUAUACCUUAUGAGAAAAACACCAACAGCAGAUCUAACAAAACAAAUCGCAGAGAAGCAGAACACCAACUACGUACGUAAAGAAAAAGUAAACGGCGAAGUAUUCGUUGAAGAUUAACUAGAAAAAAUACGCAGGAGUAAAAACAAUAACAGCAACAAGCAACUUUAUAUACAUACAGAAAAGCAAUCAACUACAUAGGUCGUAUGUAGUUGAAAAAAUGUCUAAGUCGCAGACCAAAAUAUAUGAUUAUUAUUUUGUUAUCCACAUUUUAACUAUUCCAUUUUAUACGUUUCAUUUGUAAGAGACCCCGAUUUGAUAACUUCUUCGCCCAUUAUUGUACGUUUAUUUUUCUUAUAUUGAACUCUCGUGCACAUAGAUCUGAUUUCUUUGUAGAUAACCUCUGUAAAAGACGCAAAAAUAAUUGAAAAAACAAUGUAUAAAAUUAAUUGUUCUUUGUGUGUUUCGAUUUUUCUUUGCAUCCACAAUGUACGUAAGCGAAGAGCGUUUUUUUCUUCCCUAAUGACCUUCUUUGUUUCCUCACAAGUUAUUUUUUUGAAUAAUUUUUUUUGUACCUUGCAAGAGCUGAAAAAAACGCGAAAGUUGUAAAUUAAUUUGAAAAUAAAGCGAAAAAAAUUUACAUAAGAA